GUUGACAUAACGCUUUGCCGCCAUAGUGAGCGCCAUAGUCACCGUAGCUGUUGGCGACUGUUUCCUGUCAACUGAGGUGCACAAAAUUUCAUAUUUUCACUUACAAUCAAGACCAUGCAAUCAGCGUCUGGUCCAGGUACCACCAUUGUUCAUUUAUCUCCGAAAAAUCAUACAAUUUUACAACAAAGUGGUCAACAUGUCCUACUUAGUAAAAUUGCUUCCGACUCUACUAGUAAUCGUCCACCAACAAGUGGAGUGGAAACUAGUUUGUUACAAACAGCACAUUCAAAUAACUCACAAACUAUAUAUCCAGCACAUUAUAUUGAAGCUAUCGCUGAACAAACUGUUUAUACUGCAAAUGGAGAAGGCGGGUAAGUAUGUUCUUUGAUUGUAUUUGUAUGUUUAUUAAACGGUCAAUGCACUUUGUACUAUGUAAACAGUUACAGUGUCAAAGGCUUUCAUUUCAUUACGGAAAAUACCCUGAAAAUAUUAACAAAUGGAUUAUCAAUUUUCAGUCUGUAUUUCCAUUCCUCAGAAGGUUUUGUAGUGUUCAGUAAAUAUAAUCUGAUGGGGAUUUAUUUUAGCUAUCAGUAAUAUUAACCUCGUUUGUGAAAAUCGUUCCAUCUGUUGUUGUAAUUGGCUUUCUCGACUGACUUCAGCCAAUGAAGUAUUAUAAACGAAGAAUGGAACUUAGGAUCUCCAGGUCUUGUGAUGAUUCUAUCACCUUUAGACCCACCAAGUUGGAGUCCAGCUGUUAACAUAUCCGACUUUCAUGGUUUCACAAUAAAUUGUACUAUUUAUGAAAAUUUUCUUAAUUCUGAUAUGAACGAGCACCGGUUGUGACUUCUUUCCACCACAUCUGAAGUCCGUUUCAAAGUUAGUUACUAGCGACCACGCUAUUGGUAUUUGGUUUAGUAGAUUGUGGAGAUAUUUCCAAAGUUUUAUAUCAGAUGGAAUAUGAAUUAACUUUUAUGUGAACGGGUAUAUAUAUACUAAAUACCUCAUUUUUACACUGAUCACAACAAUGAAAAUCCUCUCCAGUUUUAUGUAUUUUAAUUUACAUCACAGUUUUCUAUGCUUCUACUGCUCUUCUUUCAUUCUCUUUGGGUUCUUAUCAAAUUUCUUGAUUUUCAGUGGGAUUCUCGAAAUUAAGUCUGGUACGCCAUUAAGAAAACUAUUUGCAUCAGUCACGAAAUCUUUGUCUGGACAAUAUCAAGAAUAUACACCGAUUAUUUAUGCUCCUGUUUCAGGCGGACCAACAUAUUAUCAAACAGCUAAUGGACAAGUUUUAGCUACUGCUUUUGGUGCAGCGAAUAGUGCAACAGGUCAUGUUGGUGCUUUACAUACUGCUGCGGCGGCACAUGCAAAUUUAGCUGCCACAACUGGUGUUGGUCACGCUCAAUUAGUUACACAUCAAGGUGCAACAUAUUUAGUACAAAGUGGUCAAUUAGAUGAUGACGGAUCGUCCAUAUCGCAUACAGCAAAAGCUAGUCCUGUCACUGUUCAAUGGCUUAUUGAUAAUUACGAGACAGCUGAUGGUGUUAGUCUUCCACGUAGCACAUUAUAUUUUCAUUAUUUACAACAUUGUAAUGAACAUAAAUUAGAGCCAAUGAAUCCAGCAUCAUUUGGUAAAUUAAUACGUUCAGUAUUUUUUGGCCUACGUACACGACGACUAGGUACACGUGGAAAUUCUAAAUAUCAUUAUUAUGGUAUUCGUAUUAAACCAAGCUCACCUUUAAAUCAUUUUAUCGAAGAUGCUGGUUUCUCACUUCGACAUUAUCCUAAUUAUCAUCGUCAAACAAUGGAAGCUGCAGCUGAAUGGAAAAAUUUCACAAAUUCUUCAUUAAAUCGAUUGAAAUCUUUAAGUACAAAUGGGAAUGGAGUUCAUAGUGGAGGUGUUGGAGUUGGAAACACUUCUGUUGGAUUAAAUAAUUUAACACCUCAUGUUCAUUCAACAUCACAUAUCUCAUGCAGUAAUGCCAGUAGUAAUAUUAGUAGUAGUAAUUCUCAGUUAUCAUCUCAUUACGGUACCAGUACAACAGUGACAACAUUCCGUUCUUCAGAUAAAUCAAUGUUAAAUAAUAAUCUUUAUGUUGGUAGUGGAAAUGUUUCUUCACAUUCCACUAGUCAAAAUGUUGAUAGUGUUACUACAAAUUCAGUAACAAGUCCUUUAUUAUCUUCUAGUGGUGUUGGUAAUGGUCAACAUCAUGCACAUUUUCUUGGUGAAGCUAGUUCCGCAUUGCCUAAUCUAGAUGAAAUAUGCCGAUCAUCUGGUCUUCCUGUGCCUAGUGAAGUUGAUUUGCCAGAGAAUAAAAGUCGUUUAAAAACAGUUGAAACAUCGAAUAAUUUAUCAAUAAAUGAAGAUGUAAUUACAUUUUGUCGUCUUUACGCUUUAUCCGCUGGUUAUAUGCUUGAUGCUGUAGUAAAUUUAGAUUUUACUUCAAUUGAAACAGUAUGGAAAGCAUUUUGGUGCACUGAAGAAAUACGAGAUUCUCGGUUAAAACAAAGUUUAUCACAAGAACGAUUAUAUUCACUCGUGUCCGAUCCGGUCAUUUUACAAUUCAUUCGACUUUAUGAUCAUACAUUCUAUCAAUCAUUAGCUGAAGUUUUAAUACCAAAUGUACUUCGACCUAUUCCGCCAACUCUUACACAAGCAAUUCGUAAUUUUGCAAAAUCUCUUGAAGGUUGGAUGCGUCAAGCUAUACAAAGUUUCAAUACAGAUCUUAUUAAUUUAAAAAUAUCCGCUGUAUGUGCAUUAGCACAAACUCUUCGACGUUACACUAGUUUAAAUCACUUAGCUCAAGCUGCCCGUGCUGUGCUAAAAAAUGCCAAUCAAAUUAAUCAAAUGUUGGCCGAUUUAAAUCGCGUAGAUUUCAAUAAUGUACAAGAACAAGCUUCAUGGGUAUGUCAAUGCAGUGAUUCUACUGUUAGUCAGUUAGAGCAUGAUUUUAAACGUAUUUUACAAAAGCACGCAUCACUGGAAGAAUGGGCUCAAUGGUUAGAUACAGUAGUGACUAGCAUCUUACAACCACUUGAAGGCAAUAGUUUGGCUUAUACAAAAGCUGCACAUCAACUAGUGUUGAAAUGGUCUUUUUACAGUUCAAUGGUGAUUAGAGAUCUGACAUUGAGAUCUGCAUCGAGUUUUGGCAGUUUUCAUUUAAUUCGACUAUUAUAUGAUGAGUAUAUAUUUUAUUUAGUUGAGCACAAAGUCGCUGCACAUUUAGGCAUGACACCAGUCGCUGUUAUGGGUGAAAUGGGUAGAGAUAUUACUCAACAACAUUGUACUCAAAAUCGAUUACAUUUGGACAAUCGUAAUGCUCCUGGAAAAUCUUCUAAAUCUAUUCACAAUAAUAAUAAUAAUAAUACAACAAUACUUGAUUCUCCACAACAUGAUAAUUCGAAUUAUUUGCCGUUUGUUAAUGAUGAUGAUAAUAAUAAUAAUGAUAACAAUAAUAAUGUAGAUCAUACAAAUCCCAUAUUUCAUCAACAAAAACAUUCAGUUAAUUUAACUAAAGACCGUGUUGUUGUUGUAGGCAAUGAUGAUUGUAAUCCGGACACUAACACUGAUAAUGUUAUUAGUCGCGAGAAAAAUAGACGGGAACAACAACAAUUAGACAGUGAUAGUGUCAUUGUUGACGAAGAUGUCAUGGAUCAUCAUCAUGAUGAUGAUGAGGAAGAAGUGGAUGAUUUCGAUGAAGAAGUUGAUGAGUACUUAGACGAUGAAGAUGAAGUGGAUGAUUCAUUAGGUGAUGAAAAUGCCAUGUUAAAAGAAGCACAUGCUUCAGCACAAGCUUAUUGUCGAAGUUCUUCAAUCGCUGCGACUACUGCUUCUACUGUCCUGAUACCUCAAUCAUUAGAUUCAACUGAUGAUAUGCCCAAUACUACUGGCAUGAAGAAAGAUACUUUAAAAAUGGAAGAUGAAGCAAACCAUGAAAAACAGUCAAACAUUCAAGAUGUUAUUGUCAAUGAUCCUCACGAUAACAAUAAUGAUAUUGUUGACGACGAAGUGGUAGUAGAGAACACUGACGAGGGAACCGGUGACAAUAAAAAUAAAUCAGAGAAGUUAACUCAAAAACAUCCGAAUCUACUCAAUAAUGAUAAAAUUAGUUCGUCGACACCUGUUGAAUUAACUGUUCAACAAUCCAAUAAAGAUAAAAUAUCAACCAGUACAACGACAACCACUGGUAGUUGUUCUCCACCGUCAAUCGUAACAAUGCCUAAUCCUGUACGUAAAGUUGUCCGUGUCACUACAUUCUGUGAUGCAAAACAACCGUCAGUAGUUGUAGAGUCGUCAUUCGCUAAUUCUACACCAUUCACAACUACUGUAGCUACUACUACUAUUACUUCUACUUCUACUACUACACGUUCAAUUAAUGUUAAACAAUCAUCAUCUGGAUCACCUUCAACAAUAUCAACACCAACAAAAACAAUUAAUUGUAAUAGACCAAUUGAAAUUCAUCCUUCUUCUUUUCAUAUCACUACUACAACUCCAUCAUCGACUAUUAAUAGUGGUAAUACAACAAUAGUAAAUAAACUAACUGUUACUACCAAUUCAACUAUUCCUACUGAUAUAAUCUAUGCAAAACGACCAAAAUUAUCCUAAUCACCAUGUAUACCUUCCUAUUUGUUUCAAUGAAAGAACCUCAUUAUUAAUAUGUGCAUUACAAUAAUUAAUUAUUGCAUAUCAACAAAACUGGUGAAAGGCAGCAGUCAUUAAGGAUAAUAAAGUGUAUGUGUGUGUUUUUUUCACAGACUUUUUUAUUCCCUCUUUUACACUUUCAUAACUGUCAGCACCUAUGUUUGUGCUUGUGUGUGUGUGUGUGUAUUGAAUAAACGUUUAGUACAAUUUAAUAAUUUCUUGUAUGCACAAUUAUCCCAUUUCUUUUUUUUUGUAUAGUGUCUGUUUAUUGAUUAUCCAAUCACCAAAGUUUGUGUUUUGAUGAUGAGAUUCUGUACACAUUUAUAUAUUGAGAGAGGGGAAUGCGCACCUAAAAGGAAUGGGACAGAUAAUUUCCAUUCUCUAUGAUAAUAACUCCAAUUGAGUAUACUUUUGCACUAUUCAAAUAUUCUUGUCAAUAUGACAACUACUUGCAGUAUGUUCAAGUGUAUGUAUGUGUGUGUGUGUUUUGGUUAUUGUGUUAGAUUGUCAUGUUGUCUGUUUUGUGUAUAUUAAUGAUUUCUGUAUAAUAAAAUCAACAAUCUUAUGAUCUUCC